AUGGUGCUGCGCUGCUACAGUCGCAGGCAUGUCGUGCCCGCUUUUCGCGCGGCUCAACGCCAGCUCACAACCGGCCUACCUUUGAGCGCUGCACACACCAACAUCCCUUCAGACCAAUUCAAAGCCACUUCUGCAGGCGCUCUCUCGCAAUCUCGUCGUGUCGGACGAGCAGGGCAUCAGCAUGAAAGCUGGUCUUUCUUCUUUCCGGACCAUCUCUCCUGGACCAAGAGACCCUCUGCGCCUCGCGCCUCGCAUCCGCUUGUCAAAAAGCUCAUCUCAGAGAUCUACAGCACCGAUCGCGAGCCUUCGGCCAACCGCACCUGGAAAGCCUACAUGGAUCUCAAGGAAGCCUCCGGUGCCCACGCCGUCGGCCAAUCCUCCGAAUCCUUCACCGCUCUUCUCACGCAGCUGGAGCCGGCCCACCUCCAGCAGCUUCUCCGUGCCAUCGACCCUGCCGUGGCUGCGUCCAGAAAGCUCGCUCGCGCCGAGGCCAAGCAUUUUCAGAGUCUGCAGCAGAAGCAGCAGGUCCUGACAUCGGGUCUCGCUCCCACCAAGAUCCUGGUUGAACCACAAAUCUCGAGAAAGUCCGCCAAGACCUUUGAUGCCCAGCACCCCGUGCGCGAGUACAUGCGCAGGGUUCACAUCAUCUUCCGCGACAUGCGUCUGCACUCCUCGGUCGUGCCUUCCACCAGCUCUGCCACCGAUCCCCUUCCAAGUCUCGACGACUACAACCACGUCCUCGCCCGCCUCGCCACUGGCGGUCACAUCGGUCCCAUGUCGGCCAUCUGGAACGAGCUCUCCAGUGUUUCGCUCAAAUCGGGCACCAAAGGUCUUCACCCCAACCGCCACACGUAUAGGGAGCUCAUGAUCGGCCUCAGCCGCCACGCCACCGAACAGAUCGAAAGAGUGCAGAAGAACGAAGCCUCCAAGACCUUCGACUACUCGGGCAAAAAGAGGCAGCUCGAAAAGUCCGCUCGCGCCGCUGCUGCGGGCAUGGCCAAGUUCGGCCAGAUCCUCGCUCCUUCCGCCAGGGCAGCAGCCAUCCUCGCCGCGCUUCGCACCAUGGCGCUCCUCAAAGACAUGAAGGAGCAUGGCGUCACUCCCAACCAAAUCACGCUCGAUUUUGCCGCCAGGACGCUGCGUCUCGCCGGUCACACCGAUGGGCUUCACAUGCUCAUGCACGACGCAUACGGCAUCGACUUGGCCUCGGCCGAUACCGCAGUCACCUCGUCCACCGAACUCGCACCGACCACACACACGCUCAACACCAUCCUCAUGGCUCUCGGUGAGCAGGCAAGCGUUCCAGAAAUGGUGGCCGCGUUCGAGACCUUGGCCAAGCCCUUGCCGGUGGCCUCGAACGGAACAGAUGCCACCUCGUCAGGCGAAGGUCUCUUCUCGACAAAGUGGAAGGACAUCUUCAGCAGCAUACGCAACCGCGAGUCGGAGGCCGACCAGCUCGGCAAUGUGCACGACGAGGCCGACAUCCCGGACGUCUUCCCGUACACCCUUCCACACAGGAUCCAGCCCAACACCAAGACCUUCCAGAUCCUGCUCCGACAUUGCUGCGCUGAGGUGGAUCCGCUGCGCUCGCCCGUGGCGCUCAAGAACGAAGCAGGAGGCUCGGUGGCCGCGCUUGCCAUGGAGUCAACUCAGCUUGCGCUUGCCGAGAUGCAGGACGGCGGGCCCCGUGCAGCCGAGAUGGAGCGCAGGACCAAGGGCGCCUACUCGCUCUUUGCCAGGAGCUUGCUCUCGGAGGCGAUCGGCCGCUCCGAGGAGCUGCUACACUCGACUGCGCGCAGCCUUGGCAUCGAUCUGCAGCAGCGGGACGUGUUGGCGGAGGUUUCGGCAAAGGAGGCAGAAAGCAGUGGCGACCAGGAGGUCGCACAGGCCACCCAAUUGCGACCGGAGUAUCAGCGCGUGUCGGUCAUUCCUGGCCGAGCGAUGGACGCCGACUUCCAUCCUAUCUACGAAGCUCCAUCGUUCUCCGUCACUGCGUUGAUGGUCGAGCCUUUUUUCUCGCUCGCGUCCGCUCGCAGAAACAUCGGUGAUCUGCGCUGGGUCCGAGGUAUGCUGUCCAAGGCCCUCGAAAUCAAGAUUGCCGAGACCCAGGUGAUCGAUGCCGCAUGGCGGGUGUAUCGCUCGCGCUUCGCAAAGCCGCGUCAGAACACUUCUGCCGCGCCAGCAUCGGAAAGCGAACAUGCUUCGGCCGAGUCCGACAGCUCAACUUCGCUCCAGUCGAAUGGCCAGGGCCGUGCGGAGGUUUCGGCUUUCCUCCAAAGGCUGCGACAGCAGCACCGCAUUGCAGCUAAACACGCCCAGUCGCUCGAGCAGCUGCUCUACGACCGACUCGACGAACGCCUGCACGACCUCUUGGCACGCAGGGACGCAAAGCAGCAGCAGCGUCAGCGCGCCUUCCGUGAAGGUCGCCUCAAGGCAGAACAGCAGAAGCUCGAAGAGCAGGAACGCGAAGCAGCGAGGAAGGCCCAGGCAGCGGAGGCGCGAAGGCUGCGAGCGCUCCAGAAGGAGCAGCAACAAAAUCCUUCUGCCGAAGGCUCAAGCAAUCAUUUGGACGCCGCUUCGCCCGCCACUGUCACCGCAUAA